UGCUAAAGGACGGGCGCUAGGACCCAGCGGCUGCCUCCUCCAUGCAGCAGCAGCAGCAGCAGCAGCAGCUCUGAGCCUGAGAGGAAGAAGAGGAGGAGGAGGAAGAGGACCACAACCAGAGAAUCUGCAGCUCAAACAGAGUGAAGAGAUCAGAAAUGAUGCUGCCUCUAAAAAGGGAUUAAACGUAAGCAAUCUGUCGUCAGCUGCGGUCUAGUCUGCUUGGAUCGGCUUGCUGCUGCAGGAUAACACAGAUUUGGGGGUUUUGGAGAAAAAAAGGGAAAGCAUGCAGUCGCUGAGCAUCCGUUGACUCGACCAUGAUGAAGACUGAAUCCACAUCCAAGAGCUCCUCCGGCUCCACGCUCCGGAGCCCAUCCCCGCACAGGAACGCGUACGAAGCCGGGAUGCAGGCCCUGAAGCCCGUCAGAGACAACAACGCUGCUGCUGCUGCUGCUGCUGCUGCAAACGGGGACCUGCUGGACCUGCAGCAGGACGGGGGCCCCAGAGGACGCAGGUACGGAUCCAACGUGCACCGGAUCAAGAACAUGUUCCAGCAGAUGCAGACCACAUCCCCGGCUGAAGAGGGAGAGGAAUGCACCCCCAGGAUUGCAGACAAAUCCUCCUCAUCAUCCUCGGUGCGCCUCUCUCUGCCUAGAGCCGGCAGCCUGAACGAGAACGUGGACCACAGCGCGCUGCUGAAGCUCGGAUCCACCGUGUCGGAGAGAGUCAGCAAGUUCGACAUCACCACCACGAAGCCGGAGAAUGGGCACUCGUCGAGGGCCUCGUCGCCCAGCUACUCCAAGCUGCAGGAGACACGACGCAUCUUCGAGCAGCAGCAGCAGGAGAAGCUGCAGCAGCAAGAGAAGCUGCAGGAGAAGCUGCAGCAGCAGGAGAAUCUGCAGGAGAAGCUGCAGGAGAAGCUGGCCACCACCAGAGUCCUGCUCAAGACAGACAAGGCCUCAGGCUUCCAGGAUGGCAGGUUGGACGUGAUGGCACGCUUCAAUGGUAGCACAGAGUCCCUGGACAGCCUGGACACCAGCGAGGCAGUGUCCCCUACUGUCUCACAGCUCAGUGCUGUGUUCGAGAGGGCUGCAGAGCUCAGGAACAACCUGCACCGCCUCUCCUCCACGCCACCUCUCCCUUCCAGAGGGGUCAGCGCCAAGGUGGGUGUGUUGAACUCCAAAAUAAUCACAAAGAGGGUUUGUGCCUUUGCAGCAGCAGCAGCAGCAGCAGGCAACCAGGAGGAUGAUCUACGCCAUCAGAUGGGCCAAGAGGGGCCUCCGAGCCGGGCCCCCAGGCAGAGGGGGACUCCUCUGUCUGAGAGCGUCAACGGGGGCGCCCCAAAUGCUGACCUUUACAGUACUUUAGGGGACUCAAGUGAGCAGAGAGAAAAGACAGUUUCAGAUGCAGGUGUUGAGGUGAAAUCUGAGGAACACUAUGGGGCCACGAUGCUGCAGGGUGACAUCCACAUCUCGGUGGAGAACGGAGACGCCAGUGCCGAGAAGCAGAGCUCUCCGAAGGGUGGCGAUGGGGCGAAGGAUGCUGGGGAGGAAGAAGAGGACAGGACGCUCAGAGACGAACAGUCGGGGCGCGACUCUGUGGAUAUCAGUACCUACAGCGCGGUGGGGGAUGAGGAGGUGGAUGAGGAGGAAGAUGAGGUCGAUGACAGCUACGAGCCGGAGUCCAGCUGUGCUGAGAUUGCUGGGCUGCCUGCGGAGGAGGAGCCGCCCCCCUCCAGGAAGAUCCGCUUCAGCACUGAGCCCAUCAAGGUGUUUGCCACUUACCCCAACGAGGACUACGACAGGCGCAACGAAGACGUGGAUCCCAUGGCGGCGUCCGCAGAGUACGAGCUGGAGAAGAGGGUGGAGAGGCUGGACCUGUUCCCCGUGGAGCUGGAGAAAGAUGGCGAGGGCCUGGGCAUCAGCAUCAUUGGGAUGGGUGCAGGGGCUGACAUGGGCCUGGAGAAGCUGGGCAUCUUUGUGAAGACGGUCACGGACGGAGGAGCAGCACACAGGGACACCAGGAUUCAGGUGAACGAUCUGAUUGUGGAGGUGGACGGGACCAGUUUGGUGGGAGUCACCCAGAACUUUGCUGCCUCCGUACUCAGGAACACCUCAGGAACUGUCAAGUUUGUGAUCGGGCGAGAGAAGCCGGGCGAACAGAGCGAAGUGGCCCAGCUCAUCCAGCAGACCCUGGAGCAGGAGCGCUGGCAGAGGGAGAUGAUGGAGCAGCGCUACAACCAGUACAUGGACGAACAAGAGGGCGGUGAAUACGGCACAGACGAAGAGGAGGACGAGGACGAGGAGGUCAGUCCGCCGUAUCCCAGUGCCAUCGAGGUGUUUGACUUGGCAGAGAACGAGGACAUGUCGCCUCUGGAGACGGACCCGGAGAAACUAGCACAUAAAUACAAAGAGCUCCAAAUAAAGCAUGCUGUGACCCAGGCUGAGAUCCAACAGCUUAAAAGAAAGCUGCACCACGCGGAGCAGGACAAGCAACGCUGGCGUAUGGAUAAAGCCCAGCUGGAGCAGACCCUGCAGGAGAACAAGGAGCGCAUGGAGAAGCUGGAGGGCUACUGGAUGGAGGCUCAGAGCCUGUGCCAGGCGGUGGACGAGCACCUGAAGGAGACACAGUCCCAGUAUCAGGCCCUGGAGCGCAAGUACAGCAAAGCCAAACGCCUGAUUAAGGAGUAUCAGCAGAAGGAGAUUGAGUACCUGAAGAAGGAGACCCAGCGUUGUGCACAAGUUGGAGCUGAGGCCUCUCUUCUGAAGGAGGAGUCUGGGCAACUUCAAGAGCAGGUGGCCGACCUGGAGUGCAGGGUGGAGGAGCUGAAAUCUGAACCUUUAUAAAAGCCUUUUGUCCGUCGCGUAUCUCAGACAGCAGAACCUCACUAGCUGAAGGAGCAGAUGACCUGCAGGGUAUUUCUCGUCACCACCUCGAGCUCGGUUUUCUGGUCGCAUACUGUAUGUGUGUCCUCAGGCUUAGUAUUUCAGCCACUUAACCCUUUUAACCAUGUUUUUCUGUUACGGGAACGUGAAGAACGGUUUUAUCAUCACAACCACAGACUCCGUUGAGCUCUAGAUGUACUGUUCCUUUUUCCAUUUCCAGAGUAUUUAAUCCCUUAAUUUGUGGUUUUUGUGACAGACCAGGCUGUUGCUUUUUAAUUGCCAAAAAACGAACCCCCUUUCUUUCUUUCUUUCUUUCGCCUAGUUUUGUGACCCUUUUUUUUGUACAGAUGUGAUACUGUGUGGUUUAACAAUCAGUUUGGUUUGUAAAAAAUUUUAAUAUGUGUAUAACAUUUAACAUAAUAUAAACUAAUGAGAUUGAGGGUUGUUGUAUAUUUUAUGUGAUGGGAGAUUGCACUGAAGAAGAAGAAGAAGAAGAAGAAGACACCGACAAGGUGCUUCACUAGAACAGAGGAAUAAACGGGAACAAUGUUUUGAGGUGUCUUCGAAGUUGUACAAACAGUAACCCAACCUUCGUAGGGGUCUUGUCACUUAACCUUGAGAACCACCUGCUGCCUACCUUUCAGAAGUGUUUGUGUAUUUUUUACACAUUAAGACUCAUUAUUGAGCGUCCAAUCCUCCGGUUUCAACCCCCUCGCUUCUUUCAAAAAACAGGACCACAGAAACAAGCCUCCACAACUGCUGUGCCACAAAUGAAAAUGGAUCUCUUUUUCCCCUCAAAAUGGAUGUUGUCAAGGACUUGUGUAACUGGUUAUUAGUUAGGACUACUGAUAUAAGAACCAUUACUGGACUGGGAUGUUAAAGAAGCCGUUACCAGCAGCAAAGUUAUAGAUUUAAAUGUCUCGAACCAGCAGCUGCACUUGACACCGCUGUGUGUAGCACAUGGAAAACACUGCCAGGUUUAUACCUGUUUCAAUUUACGCACAGUUUAAAAAUUGAGUCUACUUGUGUCAACUGUCAUACCAGUAUGUUUGUAUAGUUCAGGUAAGACUGAAGUAUUUUAAUUUUACUUAAUAUUUAUAAUAUAGUCAAAGUGGAAAUAUGAGCUAACAAAGGACAAAAACUGACAAAAGCAAUGUUCAAUAGACAGUUAUACUGUGUCAUUAAAAAAAGUAGAUCUGGGUGACUACAAAAACAAAAUUAAGAUUAAUGAAUUGAAAAAAAAAAACAGGCAUGUUAUGAGUAUUUUCAUAAUAUUAAGGCUUGUACAGUGCACAUGCUUUGCAUUGUAUGUUUUGUGGAAUAAAUGGUCAACAGUGA